UACUACCGGAGAAAGGCCCUUUAACCGUCUGUUCAUUCGUACAGAUAGAAACGUGCGAGAAGAUUAUUGGAUUUUCUGGUAGAGAGCAGAAUUCAUGUUUCCCUCAAUUAUUGCAAGUUGCCUAGACCCUGAAGCAGCAAAGCAUCCCCACACCAUCACAUGUCCACCACCAUGCUUGACCGUAGGCAUGAUGUUCUUUUUGUGGAAUUCUGUGUUUUGUUUACACCAGAUGUAACGGGACCACUGUCUUCCAAACAGUUCUGUGUUUGACUCAUCAAUCCACAGAACAUUCUCCCAAAAGGUUUGACAAUCAUCAAGGUGUGUUUUGGCAAAAUUGGGAUGAACCGAUGUUCAUCUAGGAUAGUAGUGGUUUUCACCUCGCCACUCUUCCAUGGAUGCCAUUCUUGCCCAGUGUCUUUCUGAUAGUGGAGUCAUAAGCAGUGACCUUUAUUGAUGAAGAGAGGCCUGUAAGUCCUUUGAUGUUGUCCUUGGCUCUUUUGUGACUUCCUGGAUGAGUCGUUGCUGAGCUCUUGGAGGAAUUUUUGGAAGAUGGACCACUUCUGAGCUGAGUUUUUCCAUUAGGAGAUAAUGGCUCUCACUGUGGUUAUUUGGAGUUCCAGAGCCUUUGAAAUACCUUUUGUAAACCUUCCUAGACUAAUUUAUAUCAAUCACCUUCUUCCUCAUCACUUCUGGAAUUGAUUUAAAUUUUGACAUAAUGUGUUACUGGAUAAAACCUUUUAACCAACUUCAUGCUGUUGAAAAAGUUCUAUUUAAGUGUUGAUUUAAUUGAACAGGGUCUGCAGUAAUCAGGCCUGGUUGCGUCUAGAGGUGUUGAAAUUAAUCGUUUCUACGAUGCGGAUGUGGACAAUUCUGCAUCGACGCAGUAAUAGAUCAUGAACGAUUAUAGCCUACUGACGUUUCUCUGACGUCAUUCGUCGCAUACGAGCUUGUUGUGCUAGCGUAAAAUGGCGGAGGGAGGCGAAACACAAAAGCGAGUAAUACAAAAUGCACCCACUAUUUUAAAAGUGGACGUCUGGGCAUAUUUCAGCUUUUAUGAACAAACUGGUAAGCAUGAACUGGACAAGACACACACUGUGUGUAAUGCCUGUCACACACAAAUAAAAUAUUUAGGGAAUACCACUAACUUAAGAAACCACAUUAGGUGUUUUCACUCUGAAAUGCUAACGCCUGCCAGUGCCAAGGCGGACCCAGCUCAGCCGAAAAUAGAUCAAACAAUAUCAACUUUACCACCCAACUCGGGGAAAGGGAAGAGAAUAACCAGAUCUGUGGCAGCUUUCAUAACAAAGGAUAUACGGCCUUAUUCUGUGGUGAACAACCCUGGUUUUCGCCACCUGUUGAAGAUGCUGGAGCUGUGAUAUAAGCUCCCGUCAGGCAGACAGGAUAAUGGAAAAGGUUAUAUCUGAACUCAACACCACGAAACCAAAGUUCAGGUAAUGGCGUCAAUGAGCCAAGCUAAUCAAGUAGCAAUAAUGCGAUUACUGGACUUUGGUCACGGCGGAGGCUUAUGUAACAUUAACGGCACAUUACGCUAGCGAGGACUGGCAGAUUUUAUCACAUGUUCUGCAAACGAGAGCUGUUUGAAUCUCACACGGGUGCUCAUCUGGCAAGAGCUACGCUCUCAUGUCGUGGAGGAAUGGCAGCUAUCAGAUGAAAGGUGUAGUGCUUGUCAGGGCAAAGCGUCGAACAUGAUCAUUGCAGCUCAAGUUGGAAAAUUCCCACAUGGAAAAUGCUUUGUGUAUACGCUGAAUCUCGCGUCCCAGCGGGUGUUUAAAGUGGCCACGUUCUCCAGGCUUCUGGGCAGAGUCAGACGAAUAUCAACAUUCUUCCACCACAGCACCACAGUGAGGCAAUGUCUAGGCCUGAAAAAUCAUAAGCUGGUAACUGAUGUUGCAACAAGGUGGAACAGCACAUGUGACAUGGUCGAGAGGUUCUUGGAACAACAACCUGCAAUCUGUGCCACCUUGCCGUCUCCAGAAGUCAGAUAAGGAGAGUCAGACCUGUGCACUCACACUGAAACAGAUGUGACAAAUGCAGAGGAUGCUGUGAGGGCAUUAAAGCCUAUGAAGGAUGUGAUCACGUUGAUGUCAGAAGAGCGCAAUCCAACAGUGUCUCUCAUUGCUCCUCUAAAUGCGCAACUCCUCCGGAAUAUGUCAGACAACAUCGGAGACUCACCCAUGAUCCACGAGAUCAAGAAUGCAAUCAAAAUAGCUCUCCUGAAGAUAUACAGCCGUGAGGCAGAGAAGAAGAUCCUUCAUACAGCCUCUGCCCUAGAUCCAUGUUUUAAGGGAAUGCCUUUUCUCACAGAGGAGGACAGAUUGGAGAAUGAGUGUACAGCUAGGAGGACAAACGUGGAUGAAGUGCCUCGGGGAACAGGAACUCUGGAAGAAGAAACAUCCAUGGAGGACAGCCCCUCUGCUGCCAAAUUAAAGGCCUCAUCAGUGCUCGUGAGUUUGCUGGGACAGCCUUUCACUGACACUGAAGUGUGGGCUGUUUGUUUGUUUAUCUGCUGAAACGUGAUGAUGAAGGCUGUACUGGUGGUGCAUGGCGGCGCGUGGGCUAUACCUGACGAGUUGGCGGAGGCAUCAGUGGCUGGGGUGAAAGAUGCUGCUUGGGCAGGGGGUAUUAUCCUGAAGAGGGGGGGAUCUGCACUGGAUGCUGUUGAAGUGGCCGUGAGAGUGAUGGAGGAUAAUCCGGUGUUUGAUGCAGGUCACGGCUCUGUGCUGAAUACUGAUGGAGAAGUGGAGCUUGAUGCCAUCAUCAUGGAGGGAAAAACGCUGGGUGCUGGUGCUGUUUCUUCAGUUAGAAACAUUUCUAACCCUGUUAGCCUUGCCCGUGCUGUGAUGGAAAAGACUGAACACAUCAUGUUGACAGGCCGAGGAGCGAACCUGUUUGCAGAGAGCAUCGGCGUUCCUACAGUCCCAACACAAGCUUUGGUGACGGAGCAGGAGAGGAAAGAGUGGCAGCACUACAAGAAGUACACUGUUGGUGUCAAAGAGCUGUUUAACUCGCAGUGUGUCCAUGACACAGUUGGAGCAGUAGCUCUUGAUGCAUUUGGGAAUGUUGCCUGUGCAACCUCAACAGGAGGAAUCAGGAACAAAAUGGUGGGAAGAGUUGGAGAUUCUCCUUGCAUUGGAUCAGGUGGAUAUGCAGACAAUAGGAGUGGUGCUGUGUCCUGCACUGGCCAUGGCGAGUCUAUUCUGAAAGUCACCUUGGCCAGGCUAAUCCUCUUUCACAUGGAACAAGGAAAGUCAGCGUGUGAAGCAGCUGAAUGCUCUCUGCAGUAUAUGGCUGAGCGUGUUCAGGGGAGAGGAGGAGCCGUAGUAGUGUCUCCCACCGGGGACUGGAGUGCUGUGUUCACCACAGCACGCAUGGCUUGGGCCUCUUUCACGGCCGAACGUCUCCACUACGGUUUAAACCCGAAAGAAACAUUUGAGGAAACAUUGAAUUGAUAACACAUUUGUUGUGUUUUUUUUUUUGUACAACUCAACUUUAUGUGACCAUGCUAUAGAAGAAUGAAGGAAUAAGCUCAGGAAAAAAAUAUUUUCAUUUUUAACUUGCUCACUUAGGUCUGAAUUUAAUUUUAUAUGAUUUUUAAAAGAAUUUUAAGAAUAUGACGCUCUCUGUCACAGGCAAGCAUUUUUCACCAAGCAAGGCUGUAACAGAGCCAUUUUUCUAUACACAAUAUCAUCAACAAUGCUAAUUCUGAAGCAGAUUUAUUAUUUCACACUUUAUUCUUAUUUCAGCUAUUUCAUAGCAAUUGAGUCACAUGACCAGAUGUUUUCUAUUGUUUAUGAAGGACUGUUUCAGACACAUCACAUUCAUAAUGCGUUUAAUUACCGUUUGCACAGUGUCAUGUACACUGAUCGACCAUAACAUUAAAACCACUAACAGGAUAUAAUAACAUUGAUUAAUAAUACUGAACACAGAAGAACAUUGAUUAUCUCGUUACAAUGCCAGCUGUUACUGGAUGGGAUAUAUUAGGCAGCAUGUGAACAGUCUGUUCUCGAAGUUGAUGUGUUGAAAGCUGGAAAAAUGGGCAAGAGUAAGGAUCUGAGUGACUUUGACAAGAGCUAAAUUGUGAUAGCUAGGGUAUCUCCAAAACAGCAGGUCUUGUGUGGUGUUCCUGGUACGCAGUGGUUAGUGUCUACCAAAAGUGGUCCAAAGAAGGACAACCAGUGAACUGGCAACAGGGUCAAGGCUCACAUGAUGCGCAUGGGGAUCAAAGGCUAUCCCGUCUGGUCCAAUCCCACAGAAGAGCUACUGUAGCACAAAUUACUGAAAAAGUUAAUGCUGGCUCUGAUAGAAAGAUGUCAGAACACACCGUGCAUCACAGCUUGCUAUGUAUGCUGCCUCACCUUACAACUUACACCUUAGGACUUAAAGGGUCUGCUGAGAACAUCUUGGUGCCAGAUACAACAGCACACCUUCAGAGGUCUUAUGGAGUCCAUGCCUUGACGGCUCAGAGCUGUUAUGGCAGCACAAGGCGACCUACACAAUAAUAGACAGGUGGUUUUAAUGUUACGGCUGAUCGCUGUACACAAGUCGCAAAGCUCAGGUAAAUUUUUAACAUGGAACAUUAUAAGGCACCCAAUAUGGAUGUAUUCUUUAAUCUGGUUGUACGUGACAGGAUUCUCUAAGAACGUCUGCCAGAUGGCCAUCGGAAAAACAGAUUGUUUGUGAAGAAGCAACGAUGUAUAGACCUACACAACAAUUAUUUAUAUCUACGCAUAUUUGUUGUUUUCAUCCAAGUGAUAUUUUAUUUUUAAUACCUUUAAGGACCUUUUAAGGUGCUUAUUAAUUAUCUUUAAAAAUUGCUUGAAUGGUAAAAAAA